UGAAUUCUGACACGCCAAACUCACUAUCACGGACAAUUCACACACUCAAGGUUCGCUCCAUUUCCCAGCACAGAUCAUUUUUUUGGUUCUUCAAAACCCUAAAUCUCCCUGACCAAUCAUGCCGAAAAAGCGAUCUCGAGUCGGUCAAUCAAAUAGUUUUCUAGACGUUGGCGUGAUGAAUCAGCAUCCUUCGCCGGAGCUCCGUUUGGGUGCCGCGUUGCCGGCUAAUUUUCCUGAUCAGUCUCGCCAGAGUGUCCUGACAGUGUCGUCUCCACCUCUAAUGUGUGAGGCGGAGCGCAGUGGUUUCGAGAGGUGCUCCCAGUGCAAUAAAAUGUUGGACCAGAUGACUCUGCGUUUUGUACCAAUGAGUGCCGCAUUGCUCGAAUUGCAACUGACCAGGCAGCUGAGGAAAUGGCUAAAACGACUUCAGGCAAAGGAAUGCUACGGUGAUUGAUCAAUUUUGUUCUCAACCGGACAGGCAUUGGAACCACAGUCUGUACAUAAUUAGUGACUUUGGCACACUGAUUUUGGUAGUGCAUAGCUGUCAGGUUUUUGAGAUUGGCUUGCACUUUGGAAUAGAAUGGAAGACAUAAUUAGGUAGCAUACCAGUUUCUUAUAGAAUUGAAAGCAUUGUUUUCCUAGAAUAAUUCUGCUAACAUUUUCUCCGUUCUUUUCCACUUUUUAUUGGAGAACAGGGGGAUGUAUGGAUGCCUUUAAAUUUUUACUAGUUGAAUCAUACUUGUGCUUAUAGGAUGAAACAACCUGAAUAUGUAUUUUUCAAUUAACUCAAAAGUUCUAAAUCUGCACAAUAAUGAGGUUUGGUUUGAGUAUGUCAGCAUUGAGGGGCUGAAUUUGCUAUCA